UUUGUUUUCUCUCAGGGUAUUAGAGUUUUUUCCUUUUAAUUCAGUUAGAUACUCUUAUGUAAUCUGUUAUUGUGCAUAGCGGGACUCGGUGGCAUCUUCCACCUGCCUCUAUUAUUUGGUGAGCAAUAAAACUAGUAGAGUGUGACAAUGUGUCGAUAUUAUGGCAGUACAUCGCGCAGGACGCAUUGCCCUCGCCAGCAGGUUCAGAUGUGAAGAUGGAUACUUGCAGUAGUGAUCCUGAAUGAAAAGAGAGAAUUAAUGAAUGACUUGAAACCGACCGAUCUUCCUAACAUGGCCAGCUCUAGCCCAACAACCAUUACGGGAGAAAAAGGUCUGUGAAUCUCUGACCAACAGCGGUAAAAGAGGACUGGUCAACCGAUGGAUCACUGCUUCAAGUGGAGAAACGAAUAACAACACUUGUGUGACGUGAGAGAGGUUGAUCUCCAAGCACGUGACCUUCCCCAAGCCAUAUGCUGUGUGCUACCGUCUGCCAUUCACGUCGACUUCAGGUAGCUGUAGAAUCAGCGUCCGCCGAUCAAAUACACUAGCAGCAGGACCAGGCUUGACCGCUCGCCGGCUCUGCUUUCGAGACAAAGGCAAUUUUCUUAUUGCGCCAAAACUAAGCCGAGGAGGUAGCCAAUGUGACUUCAUCGUUUGAAAACGUCAUCACUAAAUCUGCCAAUGAAAAGCGAGGCUGAUGACACUGUUGUUGACGGCGUACAGUAUAUAACUGUAAAAGAUCCAUAUCACACGUCAGAUGCAAGAGCGCGCCGAGGUACAUCACAGUCCGUCCGUGGAAACGUGAGCCCUUUUUCUCCUUACGCUGAAGCUGAAGGAGAUCAUGAUGUGUUGAUGAGCUCUGUGACUAGUCUCGACAGCAACCAUGGCUUUCGUUGUGGAACCCAUUGAGUUAAACUGGAAAACCAUCCUUCGUAUCAUCUUUGCCACCGUUGGUAUCGUUGGUAACGCCGUCGUCGUUACCGUCUACGCACGCAAGCGAGGAGUAACUGGCCGACGCACCGGCCGGCGUCUUCCGCGCAGCGCUACCGACACCUUCAUCUUAAACCUUGCCUGCGCCGAUCUGCUCACAUCAAUUAACAUCAUCCCUCGACCUUAUCUCAGCCGAGUGGAGAACAAUGCACUUGGUCAUACUUACUGUCGGCUUAUCAACUCGGAUUUCUUCCUGUGGACUUCCAUCGUGGCAUCAAUCUUUACUCUUACCUUCGUCUCAGUUGAGCGCUUCCUCGCUAUCGUCUACCCUCUGAAAUACCGAAGGCUCUUCUCCGGUAACCGAGCUCGCACCAUCUCGCUCGGUAUAUGGCUAUUGUCUUUAACACUGAACACUUUCAAUAUUUACUGUGUGAGCAUUGAUCCUGUGGCUCUCACAUGCAUUUCAGCCUACCCGUCAGCGAGCUUCCAGAAGUUCGUGGGUGCUGGUCUCUUUAUUGCCGAAUUCUUCAUUCCAAUGAUUGUUAUGAUCGUGGCCCACGUGUUAGCCAUACGAGCGUUACGAGCGCACGCUCGGACACUUCUCUCUCGGAACGAAUCGCCCAACAGUCCCGCUUAUUCUUUGCUGCACACGCGGCGCAAGGUCAUCGAGAUGUUGCUGGCUGUCGUAGUCACCUUCAUUCUGUGUUGGUCCGGAGAUCAGGUCUUGUUCCUGGCCUACAACCUUGGUACAACCGACCCGGAUUACUUAUCUAGCGACAUCUACCAGGCAUUCUUCCUUGUAGCCUUCGUCAACUCCUGCGCCAAUCCAAUCAUCUACACCUUCAAAAACCAGAAGUUCAGGCUGGCGGUCAAGGGGCUAAUUAUUUGCAGAGAUCGUCCAUCGAACCGAGUUAGCGAUGUGUCGACCUUGACGGUUGGUGUCGAAAAUGGACUGUCACAGAUUACCCUGAUCAAUGCCCUGUUUCUAACCACGCGUGGAAGCUAUCCCGAACCUCAAGUGAAGAAUGCAAACCCUGCCAUUUCUCAUCCCGUACAUCUUCUGUGACUCCUUUGACAACGUCUACGAAUUCGAGCACCUAUUACUUCCACC